CCCCGCAUUUCUGCUCGUCCGCCAUGUCUUACAAGCCGCGCAACUUUGGAAAGGGGUCCGUUGAGGUCGAGUCGAACCCGCCGCCAGGCCAGGCGCCGACGCGCAGGCUUGCCAUCACGGCGGACAAACUCGUUACGCAGCCAUUCGAGGGGAUCGACACCGUCUACGACAUCCUCGCGUAUGCUGCGCGCACGCACGGAACGAACAACGCUAUGGGAUGGAGAGAGGUCGUGGAUGUACAUGAAGAGGAGAAGGACGUGAAGAAGGUUGUAGGCGGAAAGGAGGUUACGGAGAAGAAGAAGUGGAAGUACUUCCAGCUGAGCGAGUACAAGUACAUCAACUUCCUGCAGGUGAAGGACGCCGUUACGGAGGUCUCAAAGGGUCUGCUCGAGCUCGGAGUGGGCAAGGACGACAUCUUUAACGUAUACGCUCAGACGAGCCUUAAUUGGCAGCUUAUGGCUUUUGGCUGCAGCUGCAUCUCUACUGCCAUUGCAACCGCAUACGACACGCUUGGAGAAUCUGGUCUGACGCACUCGCUCAACGAGCCCAACUGUGUCGGCAUUUUCACCAAUGGCGAGCUCCUGCCUGUCGUGUCCAAGGUGAUCGCCAAUGUCCCCUCACUACGCAUCGUUGUCUACGACGACAAGCCAUCUCAGUCUGUCCUCGACUCGAUUAAGAACUCCAGGGAAGGCAUCACGGUCAUCCACAUUGACGAGCUUCGCAAGGUCGGGCAGUCGAAGACCGAGGACAUCCCUUCGGACAGACUGCCGACGCGCGACCGCGUCGCGUGCAUCAUGUACACCAGCGGGACGACGGGCCCGCCGAAGGGAGUCGUCAUCACACAGGGCAACCUGAUUGCGUCGGUGGGAGCGGUUUACACGCUCCUCGGGCACUUGUUCAUUCCCGGUGAUUCGUUCCUGGCUUACCUUCCGCUUGCCCACAUUCUCGAGUAUAUCGUGGAGCUGGCCCUAUUCUUUGUCGGGAUGACGAUCGGAUACGGGCGUGUGCGGACGCUGACGGACCAGUCGGUGCGCCAGUGCAAGGGCGACCUCAGCGAGUUCAAGCCGAGCAUCAUGGUCGGCGUGCCGGCUGUUUGGGAGACCAUCAGAAAAGGAAUUAUCGGCAAAAUUAACUCGACGGGCACGGUGAAGAAGAGUGUGUUCAAUGGCGCGAUGAGCGUCAAGAAGGCGGGCGUGCCGGGUCUCAGCCAGAUCGUGGAUAACGUGGUGCUGGCCCAGGUCAAGGCUGCCACGGGAGGGCGCUUACGAUUCGCCCUGAGCGGUGGUGCGGCGCUCAGCAAGGAGACGCAGGAGUUCCUGAACUUGGCGCUGGUGACUAUGCUCCAGGGUUACGGUAUGACCGAGUCAUGCGGCAUGUGCGCUAUUCUUCCGCCUGAAUUCAUGCAAUACGGUUCUGUCGGUCUUCCCGUCCCGUCGAUCGAGAUCAAGCUGCUGGAUGUCCCUGAGGCGGGGUACCGGGCCACCAACAACCCGCCACAGGGUGAAGUGUGCAUUCGUGGGCCGUCAGUCACGAAGGGGUACUACAAGAGGGACGACUUGAACAAUGACGAGACGAUCUUCACGAAGGACGGGUGGUUGAGGACCGGUGAUGUCGGGCAGUGGAACAAAGACGGUACCUUGAGCCUGAUUGAUCGGAUCAAGAACUUGGUCAAGCUGCAGGGCGGAGAGUAUAUUGCGCUCGAACGCCUGGAGUCGACCUACAAGUCCUGCAAUUUAGUCUCCAACAUCUGCGUGCACGCCACCACUGACGCGAAACAGCCGAUCGCGAUCAUAAUCCCGAAUGAGCAGCACCUCCGUGCGACGCUCAAGACCACCUCCGACAUUCCGGAGCAUACGCCAUUGUCUGAGUUGUGCCAGAAGGACAAGGUAAAGGAGCUGGUGUUGAAGGAGUGUAAUGCGGCCGGGAAGAAGAGCGGUUUCAAGUCGUUAGAGAUGUUGCAGGCGGUCAUCCUCACGCCUGAUGAGUGGACGCCCGAGAACGGGCUUGUGACGGCGGCGCAGAAGGUGCAGAGGAAGAAGGUGGCGGAGAAGUUCGACAAGGAGAUUAAGGAGGCGUACAAGAACCAGGGUUGAGGGCUUUCAGUGGAGGGAGAAGGUCGUAGUUCCGUUUUUCUUGGUCGACUUCUUACCAUUUACUGUACAUAUACCUUCGCGCCUAACCGAGUUGUAAGUUGGACAUCAUAGAUUCAUGAGCGAUUCACAUGUGAUAUCGCGAUAACGGCGAUUGCCCCAACCGCUCCGACUGGAUGCAAGGCCUUAGGCCCAGUGGAAAUCGACAAUAUUUUCGUGUUUUUAGAUAUGUUCCUCUAUAUAACAG